AGUACCGGAAAUGCCGUGUAACUAUACAUGUAUUAGCUCUGGUGAUGAUUUGAACGCAGAUUUCAAAAAUCGUGAAGAUGAUUGGGAGACCAGGCAUCAACGAAUGCAAGAAGCAGAAAAGUAUAAAUCACUAGGAAAUGAAAGUUUUAAACGUGGAUUCUUGGAAUCAGCAAUCGAAUAUUACUCUAAAGCAAUAAAACUUAAUCCAGACAAAUUUGAAUACUAUACAAACAGAGCCCUAUGCUACAAAAAACAGGGUAAAUGGAAAGAAGUGGCAAAUGACGUAAGAACGGCAUUGAACCUGGAUGCAGAUUCCGUAAAAGCCCACUACUACCUUGGACAGGCAUUAAUUCAACUAGGUGAACCAGAAGAAGGCCUGAAAAAACUCACUAAAGCAAAAACGCUGUCAGAGCACUUCAAAGUGCCAUAUAUAGACGAAAUUGAAGAUGAAAUCUUAAAGGCCAAAAGAAAUAUAUGGUUGAUGCAAGAUGCCGAAUUCACCCAAAAUGUUUUCAACUUAAAGGAUUAUGUAGAGGGUGCCAUCGCACGUGAUUUCCACGCCGGGACUAUGUCAGAUGAAGAACAUAGCCAACGCAUAUCGCAAUAUCAGUCUGUUUUCGAUGCAUUAGAAAAAGGACGAGUACGGGAAGUACCUAGUUAUCUCUGCUGUAAAAUAUCCAUGUGUAUUAUGAAAGACCCGGUAGUCUCCCCAAGCGGUAUAACAUACGAAAGAGAACUAUUGGAGCAUCAUCUGAAGUAUAAUGGAAAUUUCGAUCCCGUAACCAGAGAACCGUGCUCACAGAAUGAUAUAUACCCAAACUACUCAAUUAAAGAAGCCAUUGACCAGUUUCUGAAAGAGAAUCCAUGGGCAUAUGAUGAGUAACACGCGCCCAUGUGUAAGACCAUUACACAUAAACCAAACUAACACAUAAAUAU